CGAUAAGACACCAGUGUUUAGAAAUGGAUUGUUAUCAAGUUACUUACGACUUAAAAUGUAAUUAACGUACCAGCGGAUGUCUUUGUACUGUUUGAUUACGUUUAAGUUCAAUACCCCUGAUCAGAGACAUCUGUUGUAGAGAAAGUCAGGAAGAUGGAAGCUGGUGUGAUCUUGUAGAGAAGGCCCUCAGACUCUCCGAUAAAGUUAUGACAGAAAUUCAACAAAACCCCAACAAAGGCAUAAUGGAACAACUGGAGACAGUGGCUGUAAAUCUUUGGAACUUUACAGUAUCUCUAAAAACUGGCCGAAGAUUGUCUCUGCUAUCCAAUGCUAAAUUACGGCACAUUUGCUUGAAAAUUGUUGAAGCCACAGUAAUAACCACAGAGGAUACAAUGAAAAUCAAACGAAAAAUUGCAAUGGGACUUAAAACUGCCAGAGCGUGGCUUGACACAAAAGACAUCCCAAUGGCCAUUAAAGUUUUGGAUCUUACUGAUCAGUUCAUCAAACAGUUGCAGAAGUUGGUGAUAGAAGACAUCAAUAAAUUAGGAGCUUCAGACUCCCUAGAAAAAGAAAAGUUAGAUGUGGAACAAGACCUAUUCAAACUCCUCUGCUACAAGGCAGAAGCUAGUGUAGCACAAAGUGAAAACUCCACUGCUUUGGAACUGAUACAGAUUGCAAAGGAAAUGUUGAUCAGAUUUCCACAGGAGGGAGCAUUCCUAUCCAUGCUGUGCUACAAUUUUGGAGUGGAACUUUACCAGAAGAAGAAGUUGGAAGAGGCUGUAUCAUGGCUCAAGGAAAGCUUUGAAAUGGGCAAACACCAGACCAACCUGUAUGCAAGAAAUCAGGCAAGAACACUUCGACUUCUAGCCUCAGUUUACCUAGAGAUGGACCAAGAAGAUCUCUUACAGAAAGCACUAAAUGCUGUUACUUUAGCUAACAAUGAAUACCCCCAUCCAUCCGGCCUAUUCCUCUACCUGCGUAUUCUGCUGAAGGCGAAGGAGCCAAACUCUGUGAUAAAUAAAGCAAUCCUGGACAUCAUGCAGCAGCCAGGGAUAUCUCCAGAUGUUAGCAUCAACACAGCAUUGCUUUUGUCAAAAAAUGAAAGACACGACCUAGCUGUGGGAUUGAUGAAAGAACUUUUGAAGAAGUUUGAACACUCUGCUAAUGUAGGGGACCUCUUGAUGUCCAACUUUGACAUUCUUCUGGCAGCAAGAGACAGACAGUCUCUGAGGGAGUUUGUGGAGUUCUGUAUUGUUGAGAACAACACACACAGAGCCAUGGAGCCAGCUGUCAAGAGCAGGUUUCACAUAGAGUUCUGGGCCUUGGCUUACACCGCAGAUGAGGAGAAGAACUACCAGGAGGCAUUGGACUGGUACAACUACUCACUGAGUCUGUAUAGUCGGGAGGAGUCCGGGGAUCAGAACCUGGCCCGACUCCACCGGAACCGCGCCACCUGUUACCUCAACCUAGGACAGAUGGACAAGGCCACUGAGGCAGUGAAUGAAGCCAAGAAGCUGGAUCCCUCCUCCAUCAAUACUCUGUUCAUGUUGUUCAAACUUGCCCUCGCCGGCUCCAAUGUAGAACAAGCAAAGGACAUCCUACAGAACAUGUGCAGUGAGGUAGCCAAGCUGGAGAAUACAGACAAGGAGAGUGAGGCUCAGAAACUGAUCUGUCAGGCCGCUUUUAUGGCUUAUGAGAGCCACAAGGAGUCGACAGCCAGCUUGGCGUUGGAGUGUUUAGCCAAUUGUAGCAGUGAUUUGUCUCAGACACUGACCGCUCUCAGGUGCCUGAUCAGACUCAAGCUGUCACAGGUGGACCAGGACAAGUCUCUCAGUUUGGAGGAUAUUGGAAUCUUGCGUGAUAUUCGAAUGGCUUAUAACAAACUUCUGCAAGCACAAGACAUUGGUGGCAAGAAGUCUCAAAAACAGAGUGAGGAGGCUAGCUGGUUUAUGAGAGUGGCAUGGAACCUAGCCUUGAAGUGUGAGAAGAAGCCAGACUUGAUGAAAGACUUGUUUAUCCUGUGUUCACAGUACUCCGGUUUAUGUCCCGACGAUGAGGAGAACACACUGAUGAGGAAGAAGACGUGUCUGUUAAUGGCUACAGCAGCGUGUCUCCAGCAGGCCAGGACUGAGGGAAUGAUGGGAGUCAUCAAGCAAAACUUCCUGGAGGAGACCAUCCAUCUGAUCCAUGAGUGUAAAGUCAUCAAUCAACAGAUACAACAGGAGAUGGACCUGGAUUCCUCGCUUGAUUCAAGAAGCAGGGAUAAAGCAGACAUUUUGAUGUUGAUGUACGAGUUUGAAGCUCGCUGUAAACUCCAAGAUCCAACUGUGGAAGAGGUUAUCGAGAUUCUGCUCAAAAUCCCUAAUCCUGAUCCCAAACCAUUUGAAACAAUCGCUGCUCUGUCCCUAGAGCCUCCAUCUCAUCACAAGAACGUUGCUGUACGCGCUUUGAAGAUAGCCAUCAGGAAACACCAACAGCAGCCAACAGUGGACUACCAAAGAAUCAGUGCACUGUUCCACAGCCUGAUACAGAUGGCCUUGAACUCUGUCUCCGACAACACCAAACAGGAGGCCCUUGGUUACUACGGGGAGGUUGUAGAUCUCAUUGACAAAAAAGCUCAGAAAGAUUACCCUGAGAUAGAGACACAAUGGCUGAUGGUGAAAGCCUGGAAUUGUGGGAUCACAUUCUUCAGCUCAGGGCGUUAUGAGCUAGCAGAGAAGUGGUGCAGUACAGGGAUGAGCCUCCUGAAAUACCUGACCCCCAGCAUGCAGAGUAAUUACAGCGAGAGGAUGACAAACACAUAUGCUGACAUCUUGGAUCAAAUGGACAAGACGAAAAUCAAAAAGUCAAAGAAAGGCCUUGAGGAGUAAGGGCUUUAUGAACAAAAGCUUACUGCCUCCAACCUCCUCGUCAUAGACCUCAAAAUUCCUUUGAUGUAUGCCUCAACCUUAGAAUAUAACAUGAACUUGGUUUAGUGUUUUAAAUGUUUUAUUUUGGAAAUCAUGGUCAUGAUUUUUCUUUUUCAAAUAAAUAUCAUCAAAUUUAA